AUGGCACCCGCAGAGUCAGCUAGGAUACAAGAGGCACAGAAGAUUGCGAAGACAGAUCCACGGAAAGCCGAAGCGCAAUAUAGGGAGAUCAUUUCCAAGCCUCCCUCAGCAACGUCUGAUGCUGCUGUUCAUGAAUAUGAGACUGCUUUGGUCAGCUUGGGAGAGUUAUAUCGGGACGAGAAGAAGGCGAAUGAGCUGGUAGACUUGAUCACGACGAGUCGGGCGGUGUUAUCUUCUUUCGCAAAGGCGAAGACGGCGAAACUAGUCCGGCAACUCCUCGAUCUCUUCCAUGCUAUCCCAGAUUCAACAGAUAUCCAAAUUUCCGUUACAAAGUCUUGCAUCGAAUGGGCUACAUCUGAACGCCGGGGUUUCCUUCGACAAAACCUCGAGACCCGCCUGGUUGGCUUAUACAUGGUUAAGCAAUCGUAUUACGAUGCCCUUACUCUCAUCAACAGCUUGCUCAAGGAACUGAAGCGUCUUGAUGACAAGCUCGUCCUCGUCGAAGUCCAACUUCUCGAAUCGCGCGUCUACCACGCUUUAGGAAAUGUAGCCAAAGGACGAGCUGCAUUAACCAGCGCCCGAACUAGUGCCGCGUCUGUAUACACGCCGCCUCUUCUCCAAGCAGGUCUGGACAUGCAAUCAGGAAAGCUGCACGCCGAAGACAAGGACUUCAACACAGCAUUCUCUUACUUUAUCGAAGCUCUGGAUGGCUACCACACCCAAGAUGAGCCCGAAAAGGCUACCGCAGCGUUGCAAUACAUGCUACUGUGCAAGAUCAUGCUCAACCUUGUCGACGAUGUAAACCAGCUCAUGACAUCCAAACAAGCCAUGAAAUAUGCCGGGAAGAACCUAGAGGCUAUGAAGGCCGUCGCAAGAGCACAUUCAAACCGAUCUCUGGAGGAAUAUGAGAAGGCCCUGGGUGACUACAGACAUGAACUUGGAAGCGAUCCAUUCAUCCGUAACCACCUCCGACGCCUGUACGAUGCCAUGUUGGAGCAAAACCUAAUCAAAGUCAUCGAGCCAUUCUCACGUGUAGAAAUCGACCAUAUCGCAAAGAUGGUAGGACUGGAUACACAACAAGUUGAGCGGAAGCUCUCUCAGAUGAUUCUAGACAAGGUGAUUAUCGGCGUCUUGGAUCAGGGGGCUGGAUGUUUGAUUAUCUACGAUGAGACGCAGAGAGACGAGGGUUAUGAUGCGGCGUUGGCUACGAUUGAGAAGCUGAGCAGCGUGGUAGAUGUGCUCUAUACCAACCAGGCUUCUAUGCUCGAAUAG